AUGCAAGCAAUCUCCAUCAAAAACGGCAAAGGCCCCGCCGACGCCCUCUUCGUCGACCAGAUCCCCAAACCCGUCCCCGGCGAUAGCCAGGCGCUGGUGAAGAUCAAAGCCUUUGGUCUGAACCGCAUGGAUCUUUUACAGCGAGAGGGUCUGUAUCCGCUGCCUCCGCAGGCGCCCGAGACGCUGGGCGUGGAGUUCUCGGGUACCAUUGAGGGGUUUGGAUCGGAUGCCAAGGGGGAUUUCAACGUGGGAGAUGAGGUUUUGGGUCUUGCUUAUGGCGGUGCUUAUGCGGAGUAUAUUGUUGUGUCGAUCCACAUGCUCGUGCAUAAGCCUGCUGAGCUCUCGUGGGAAGAAGCCGCCGGUGUUCCCGAGACAUGGAUCACUGCCUCGCAAGCUCUCUUCCUGAUCGGCGACUUCCAACCCGGCCAAUCCGUCCUCUGGCAUGCAGGCGCCUCGUCCGUCUCCAUCUCGGGCAUCCAACUCGCCAAAGCCCACGGCGCAAAGGCCAUCUACGCCACUGCCGGGUCCCAGGAAAAGAUCGACUUCCUCGUCAACGAACUCGGCGUGACGGCUGCGUUCAACUACCGCACCCAGGACUGGGCGGGGGAGAUCACCAAGAUCACCAACGGCGAGGGCGUGAACCUCAUCGUAGACUUUAUCGGUGCGACUUACUUCCAGGGCAAUCUGAAUGCCGCGGCCCGUGAUGGGCGGGUUGUGCUGCUCGGCCUGAUGGGUGGUGGCAAGCUGCCUGAUGGGGUGAAUAUUGCCCCGUUGCUGUUUAAGAGGAUUCGUGUGGAGGGAAGUACCCUUCGUAGUCGCGAUGUGGAGUAUCAGAGGAAGUUGAGAAAUACGCUGGUUGAACAUGCAUUGCCCAAGUUCAAGGAUGGCUCGUUCAAGGUGUUUGUCGAGCGGGUGUUUGCGUUUAAUGAGGUUAUUGAGGCGCAUAAGCUGUUGGAGAGUAACACUUCCAAGGGCAAGUUGAUUGUGUCGUUUAAUGCAUAA